AUGGACCAUCCAACACCCAAGGUUCUCCCAGCCAGACCCCGCGGCCCCUCCCUAGGAAUGUGGGCUUUGGAGACCGGCAGGGUGAGGUUUUCAGUGCCACCCUCCAUCAGCAGGAACCCGGCCAUGGUGAACGAACCCAGAGGGGAUGGCGGCCCCCCUCCCCGCUCAGAGGGCAGCAGCAGCGGCAGCGAGAGCUCCAAGGAGAGUUCAAGAUGUUCCACGCCCGGGCUGGACCCCGAGCGCCGCGACAGACUCAGGGAGAAGAUGAGGCGGAGGAUGGAAUCUGGUGACAAGUGGUUCUCCCUGGAAUUCUUCCCUCCUCGGACGGCUGAGGGAGCUGUCAAUCUCAUCUCAAGGUUUGAUCGGAUGGGGGCAGGUGGCCCCCUCUUCAUAGAUGUGACCUGGCACCCAGCAGGGGACCCCGGCUCAGACAAGGAGACCUCUUCCAUGAUGAUUGCCAGCACCGCCGUGAACUACUGUGGCCUGGAGACCAUCCUGCACAUGACCUGCUGCUGUCAGAGCCAGGAACAGAUCACAGGCUACCUGCACAAGGCCAAGCGGCUGGGACUGAAGAACAUCUUGGCGUUGAGGGGAGACCCCGUGGGUGACCAGUGGGAAGAGGAGGAGGGAGGCUUCAGCUAUGCCGCGGACUUGGUGAGGCACAUCCGAAGUGAGUUUGGGGACUACUUUGACAUCUGUGUGGCAGGUUACCCCAAAGGCCACCCCGACGCAGGGAGCUUUGAGGCUGACCUGAAGUACUUGAAGGAGAAGGUAUCCGCAGGAGCCGACUUCAUCAUCACCCAGCUUUUCUUUGAGGCUGACACAUUCUUCCACUUUGUUAAGGCUUGCAGCGAGAUAGGCAUUACCUGCCCCAUCCUCCCCGGAAUCUUUCCUAUUCAGGGCUACCACUCCCUUCGGCAGCUCGUGAAACUGUCCAAGCUGGAGGUACCGCAGCAGAUCAAGGACGUGAUUGAGCCAAUCAAAGACAAUGAUGCUGCCAUCCGAAACUAUGGCAUUGAGCAGGCCGUGAGCCUGUGCCAGGAACUUCUGACCAGUGGCUUGGUGCCAGGCCUCCAUUUCUAUACCCUCAACCGUGAGAUGGCCACCACAGAGGUGCUGAAGCGUCUGGGCAUGUGGAUUGAGGACCCCAGGCGUCCCCUGCCCUGGGCUGUCAGUGCCCACCCCAAGCGCCGGGAGGAAGAUGUACGUCCCAUCUUCUGGGCCUCCAGACCAAAGAGCUACAUCUACCGCACACAGGAGUGGGAUGAGUUCCCCAACGGCCGCUGGGGCAAUUCCUCCUCUCCAGCCUUCGGGGAGCUGAAAGACUACUACCUCUUCUACCUGAAGAGUAAGUCCCCAAGGGAAGAGCUACUGAAGAUGUGGGGGGAGGAGCUGACCAGUGAAGAAAGUGUCUUUGAAGUCUUUGCCCGCUACCUCUCAGGAGAGCCCAACCAACAUGGUCACAAGGUGACUUGCCUACCUUGGAAUGACGAGCCCCUGGCUGCCGAGACCAGCCUGAUGAAGGAGGAGCUGCUGCGAGUGAACCGGCAGGGCAUCCUCACCAUCAACUCUCAGCCCAACAUCAACGGGAAACCAUCCUCCGACCCCGUUGUGGGCUGGGGCCCCAGUGGGGGCUAUGUCUUCCAGAAGGCCUACUUGGAGUUCUUCACUUCCCGAGAGACGGUGGGGGCGCUUCUGCAGGUGCUGAAGAAGUAUGAGCUCCGGGUUAAUUACCACAUCGUGGACGUCAAGGGUGAAAACAUCACCAAUGCCCCUGAGCUGCAGCCCAACGCAGUCACUUGGGGCAUCUUCCCUGGGCGAGAGAUCAUCCAGCCUACAGUGGUCGAUCCUGUCAGCUUCAUGUUCUGGAAGGACGAAGCCUUCGCCCUGUGGAUUGAGCAGUGGGGCAAGCUGUAUGAGGAGGAGUCUCCGUCCCGCAUGAUCAUCCAGUACAUCCAUGACAACUAUUUCCUGGUCAACUUGGUGGACAAUGAGUUUCCUCUGGACAACUGCCUGUGGCAGGUGGUGGAAGACACAUUUGAACUUCUCAACAGGCCCACGCCAGAGCAAGGGGCAGAGGCUCUAUGA